ACAUUAAAGAUUUCUACAACGAGACCAUCCAGGAACGGUACAAUCACACCAUAUCGACCCACGGCCUGGUGUUACUGUACUCUGUCACCGUCUCCAUCUUCGCCGUGGGGGGCAUGUUCGGGGCCCUGCUGGUGGGGCUGCUGGUCUCCAAGUUUGGUCAGAAGAGCACGCUGGUGUACAGCACCCUCCUGGUGUUCCUGGCCGGGCUACUGAUGGGCCUCAGCAGGAUACUCCGCUCCCCAGAGAUGGUGAUACUGGGCCGCUUCAUGACUGGCAUCCACUCAGGUAUCUCGCUCAGCGUUGUCCCCAUGUACCUGGGCGAAAUUGCCCCCAAAAACCUGCGGGGAUUCCUGGGCCUGAUCCCCACCAUCUUUAUCUGCCUGGGAGUGUUUGCUGCACAGGUGCUGGGUCUGAAGGAGGUCUUGGGACAGGAGGAGUACUGGCCACUGCUGCUGUCGGUCAUCGUACUGCCAGCCCUGGUGGAGCUCUGCUUCCUGCCCUGGUUCCCGGAGAGCCCACGUUACCUGAUGAUCCAGAAGGGGGACUACGAUGCCACCGUCCAAGCACUGAGGUGGUACCGGAGUAAGGACAACACGAACAUGCAGGCGGAGAUCGAGGAGAUGCAGGAGGAGCAGCGUUCCCUGUCCUCCAUUAAGACCAUCAGCGUGUGGCAGCUGAUGGCCGACCGCUCCGUCCGCUGGCAGCUGGUGUCCAUCAUGGUGGUCAACGUUGGCAUGCAGCUGUCCGGGAUCGACGCGAUUUGGUUCUACACCAGCAUCAUAUUCAAGCACUCGGGGAUUCCCCAGCCGUACAUCCAGUACACCACCGUGGGCACGGGGGUUAUCGAGGUCGUGGCAGGGCUGGUCGGGAGCCUCAUCAUUGAGAGGGUGGGGCGGAGGCCGCUACUGAUCGGUGGAUUCAGCUUCAUGGGGCUGUCGAGCGCUGGGAUCACGAUCACGCUACUGGUGCAGGUCCCCUGGAUGCACUAUGUCAGUGUUGCGUGUGUGGUGGGGAUCAUCGCUGGCUUCUGCAUCGGACCAGCGGGUGUUCCCUUCCUCAUGAUGGCAGAGCUCUUCAUGCAGUCCCACCGACCGGCCGCGUACAUUGUUGGAGGUUCCCUCAACUGGCUCUCCAACUUCACCAUUGGUUUUGUCUUCCCGUUUUUACAGAUGUCGGCGGGUGCCUACUGCUACCUGGUCUUCUGCGGGAUCUGCUGGCUCGUCUCUAUCUACGUGUAUGUGGUCAUUCCUGAAACCAAGAACAAGACCUUCGUGGAGAUCAGCCACAUGUUCUCCCCCAAACUCCCCGCCAUGUCUAAGUGUUCUCCCAACGAGCUGCAGCUGAAGAGGUUCAAUGGAUACGGAACAAUGGAAUCUAGUUCUUCACUUGUCGAGAGUUCCAUGUUUUUCUAGCAAGCGGCGUCCGCGGGCAGAUUGGACGCACUGUGACAGGUCACAUCUGCUGUUCUGUUUCGUGUCGUUGAGGUGUUCAUUUCAUAAGGUCAUAAGCAAUAGGAGCAGAAUUAGGCCAUGGCUGACCGAUCUCUCUCCCUCAUAGCUCGGCCCGCAUGAACCAACCAGACCUGCUGGUUGCUGGACACUUUAAUUCUCCUUCCAAUUCCUACAUAGACCUUACUGCCCUCAGUCUCCUCCAUUGUCAGAGUGAGGCUAACCCUAAAUUGGAGGAACAGCACCUCAUAUUCCGCUUGGGCAGCUUACAGCCCAGUGAUAUGAAUCUUGAUUUCUCUCACUUCAGGUAGCCCCAGUAUCCCCUCUCUCUCUAUCCCUCCCCCACCCAAGUCUCACUAGCUUCUCAUUUUCACCCUAAAAACAGCCCGUUUCCUUUCUCACCGUUAUUUUUUUUUUGCAUAUCUUUCAUUCAUUGUUCUUCAUCUCUCGACAUCACCUCUAUAUCUCUCCUUUCCCUUAUCCUUAACCAGUCUGAAGAAGGGUCUCGACCCGAAACAUCACCCAUUCCUUCCCUCCAGAUUUGCUGCAUGUCCCGCUCAGUUACUCCAGCUUUUUGUGUCUAUCUUUGGUUUAAACCAGCAUCUGCAGUUCCUUCUUGCAUAUCUCUCCCUCAUAACCCCACUCUCCUGCCUUCUCCCCAUAACUCCUGGCACCCGUACUAAUCAAGAAUCUAUCUAUCUCUGCCUUAAAAAAAACCUAUUGGCUUUGCCUCCACAGCCUUGUGUGGCAAAGAAUUCCACAGAUUCACCACCCUCUGACUAAAGAAAUUCAUUCUUAUCUCCUUCCUAAAGGAACGUCCUUUAAUUCUGAGGCUCUGACCUCAAGUCCUAGACUCUCUCACUCGUGGAAACAUCCUCUCCACAUCCACUCUAUCCAAGUCUUUCACUACUCGGUACGUUUCAAUGAGGUCCCCCCUCAAUGAAACGUAAUUUUGACAAGACCCCCCUCGCUUUCUUCCCCAACCAUUGAUUCAAUUAUUCAAUUUAAGGAUUCAAAUAUACUGUAUUAUCACAUGUACCUAGGUACAGUGAAAUGCUUUGUUAGGUAAAUUCAUAUACAGACCUCACCCAGGCAGUACACAAGAGUUGUCACGUUUCUGGCACCGACAUGGUUACAAGAGUUCUCCACCGCCCUGUCCACCAGACUCGCCACGUUUAGCGCACCUGGAGACACAGAUCUCUCUCUCUGCCGUACAGCUGUGCGAGCUGUUUAAUGCUUGGACAAUCCAGAGGUGUUGGAAGCUUCUCAAUAAAUG